AUGACUUGCUUACACCGCUACAGUUUGGAUAGUACAUUCAUCCUUCUAGUUAUUUGUGGAAGCAUUGGAUUAUCAGCUCAACAAUCUGGCGGUGGGUGAACUUUUAUAUAAGACUGAUAUACAAGGAUGUGAGAACGAUCAAACUGAUCGCAAGGAUAAAGUUUAAUUUAGAAUCUAAGAAAUGAAAUUCUCACUUGUGUGAAAUUUCAUAAGUGAGAUACUCUGAGAAAUGUUCCGUACUCAAAUUUAAAGCUCAUAGAGCUUUGUAUUGAGAUGCCAUAUCGGUGUCACCCCUAAGAGAUUAUGGCGGCCAGAAACUGACGGAAACAUGAUUGUGUUUUGUCAGGAAAGCGUGAAUUUCAUUACAAGAGCAACCUGAAUAACUCAUAAACAUUGAUGUUGGAGUUCUUCUGAUGAUGAGGCUCUUCAGAUAGCAAAAUCUCGAAAGACAAGUCAUUUUUUUAAUCCACGACUCUCGACCGCCUUUUAAGACUCUUUUAAAUGUGCGUAAUAAAGAUCAAGUGCUCCCUUUAAAAUAAAAUGUAUUUAAGUAUAGGACGGUGUUUAUCUGCUCCGAAUACGUUGUGAAAGAUUUUAAAAUGGGAAGGUCGCUGGCUGUCCAGAAACCUGGAUCACUAUUAUUCGAAACAGUAUUCGUAAUUAUACUUCUCAUAAAUUACAUUCAUUUUGUAUCACGUUGACAAAUGAAGUGAAAGGGUGUUUUUUUUUCCAUGAUGUAAUGCUGCAUGCUCAUAAAACGUGUCGAGCUGGUCAAAAGAGAGAGAGAAAAACAUAACAAUUAAUACUUGGAAGAGAUGCGAUUCGCGAUUUGGUCAACAAGAGAUUUUUAAAGAAAUUUUCAAAGUUGUUGACUCAAAAUCGCUUAAUCAACCGUCAAUAUUUUGCACUUUUUCACGAGCUAAAAAAGCGGAUUGGUACAUGGCUUUGAACACCAAGGCUUGUUUAGUCUGAAAGAGCAUUCUUUUUUCUUCAAAUUAACGAAAUAAAAUUUUUGGGUAAAUGAAAUCACGAGCGCUGACAAAGCCAAGCAAAUGUAAAUAUUAUACUAAAAACAGGCGAAAAAACGUGACCUCUGACCGAAGCACAACCAAAUGCGAAUUACGGUAGACGCCAACCUUCUAUUAUUCGGUAACUUCUUGAGACAAUAUUGGUCCGAAAUGUGUAUAGAUUUUUUAAAUAAAGCUGAGUUAAAGUAUUAAGUGUCAAAAAGUCCACAAAGCGGUAAAAAAAAUUCAACAAAAGUCACGAGUAAUCUGUUCCGUUUUCUGAAUUUUACGCAGCGAUUUAUGCGAUUUAACGAAUUAACAAUUUUUAAACCAACGAUACCCACCUGAGACUGUGUUAGUUUAAGAGUCCAUAGAACUUCUCAGACGAUUCCUCGGAAAGACCUCCAGAAGGAAAUGAAUGAAGAAUUUGAACUUAUAACUGUAACAAUUUCACUUGCCGCCACGGCAAUAAACGAAAAACAACUGUCGAACUGCCACAGGCAAACCAGCUUUCAGUGGAGUCAUGCAAAGCAUGUCACGUCACGUAAUUCUGCCCCGCGCAUUUGGGAAGGAGGGAAGAAAUUCUUCCACGCUGUGCCCUAAAACAUUUAUGAAAUAAAUCUAGCUUUGGACUGUUUCAUUUUUGCCCUCGCUUGAGGGCAAAGGUGCCUCUUCCGCCGAUAUAAUCUUAGACUUGGUGAGUGUCCCUACAAACGAACAGUGGGAAUUUUUUUUUCAUCUUUGAUCUCAACAACGUUAGCCUCAAUUUUCUCAUUUGACCUUCCCUUUAUUUACAGACUGCUAUAAAUGAGAAAAUAUGACUCCCCUGAAAAUGCCACCAAGGAGGCUAAAUGUUUGGUUGCCUCUUAGGCCAAAUUCACUUCAGGGAUCCGGAUUUCUUGUCAGUGGAACUUGUGGAAGGCACAAAUGUAAUAACUGGACCCAAGUGUAAUAAAGGUCUAUCCGUAAUAACAUUUGAACCCAAGUGUAAUAAAGGUUUCAUCUGUCACGACUGAGAUAAUAUGAGACAUGUCCACAACAGCCUAAACAUGGUUAUCUUAACUUAAAAAGCUGACAUCACGGUUCAUGUGACCAAACAGAACUAGAAAAAAAAGGAACGAGAACUAAAUACCAUAGAAUCUAGCAAUGGCUCUCAGUUAAAGUUUUGGCAAAUUUUUGCUAUGAACCGUGCUUUUAAAAAAAAUUCGUCGCUCCAGAACAAAUAAAUAUGUCAUUCCCGUUCGCUUACACAAAAGUGCCAGGCUAAACAAUUUUAAACCCAGUGGACUGAUCUGUUAUUAUUUUUUUCCCCUCUGUCUUCUUGUCAUUUUCACUAUUUCACUCACGCCUGAAUGUUAUUGAUAGGAUUUCAUGACUGUCAGUACUUUGCAAAAAUAAGUUCCCGCAAAUAAAAAUUACCGCACAAAUUUUUCCCGCAAAAACUUACUCCAGAGGAAAUACUGUAUGCUUUAACUUAAAUUCACUACACAAGAAUACAGUACCAAGAAAUCGUGUCUGUUCAAUCACAACUGGUCUCCUUUUUUCAGAAAAAUACCGACGCACUCUUAGUAUUGUUUGAAAAUAUGUAUUUCUAUUGCACGUACUCAAUAAAAACGACAAUAUUAUCAAUGCUGGGUACUGGGUACUUUCUGAAAUCGCAAAAAUUGAUCCCCAGCAAGAAAAACCAGUCUGUCCUAAUCGCAAAAAUUAGUUCCCACAAAACACAAAAAACCGCCAAUCCUCAAAAAACUCCUGCAAAAAUUUCGUUCCACACUGUAUCCGUUGAAAAAAGGAUCGGUCGUUUGAUCAACCAGGUCCAGGUCGUUAUUUUUGGUUCCUUACUUGGGUCAGUUCAGGUUUAUUAGACUACCUUUGUAAUCACCGAUUAUGUUUAUAAUUGUGUACUUUAGUUUUAAAUUCUAUUUUGGUAACGACCCCACAGUAUCAGCCCCCGACAAAGGUUUGUGUUCCAAACCGACUAAUAUCGGAAAAAAUGAUAUCAUGUGUUUUCGUUUGUUUGUACUGGCUUUCUUUUCUCUUUUCGCCGAUCAGUUCCUUCGAUUUUGUCCUUUCAACUUGUCCAAAUCUUUCUUUGAGAUCCGAAUGUGGCCACUAGUUCACUGGCUUCCGAAGAGCUCAUUCCCUGUUGUUGGCUUUUAGUCGUGAUGUUUCAACGCAAGGAACCACCGAACCACAGGAAACCGAAUGAUUAGAAAGGCUCGCAACAAAUAUGUCUCUUGUUCCUCUAGGAUACACAUGAUCAGGCACAAUUUUGAUAUUACAUAAAUAAAAUUAUACUGUUUUUCGUCCUAAAAGUGAGCCUCUUAACUCGAAAAAAAUUGAUUUACUUGCACGCGCCAGCAUAAACCUUGAUUGGCUCCGAACUCAGAGUAACAUCUUUGCAGGGGGAGAUCCAGGAAUUUUUCAUUGGGGAGGGGGGGGGGGAAGAUCCAAAUUUUGGUUCAGAAAGGACUGUUGAACUUUUUUGUGGCAAAUUGCUUUUCCCCCACACCCCCUCCCACUAGUCACUGAGAAGGCAGAGACGAUUACUUGUUUCUCAAUCUGUGAAAGCCAGUCGCCAGUGGCGCGGGAAAUACUGCUUUGCGAGCAGAGGCAGGAGCCCAUAACCCGGAGCGUCUAACUUCCAUAUUGCGCCUAUGCAACGGCGUUUUCACAAGUAGGUCUAUUUUUAGAUAAGCCUUUCCCGCGAAUUGCUUUCGAAUAGCCAAUUACUAGCAAUUGCUUCAUCAAUGAUAAACUUUUAAUACGUAACAAGGACAACUUUUUGACAUUUAAAAAAACAUGGCGCACACACGUGAGGAAUCUUCAGAGGAGUCUUCUGACGGUACUUCAAGCGACAAUUUCAGUAUUUACACGGAAACUAGCAGUUCAGAGCAAGAUUUGCAAAACCUAGCCAGGACGUCUACUUCAUCGGCGACAACGCAUAAUUCAAGCAAAGGGAAUUAAAUCGAAAUCAUCUUCGAAAUAGCCGACUGUGAAAAGGUCCAAGCGAAAAGGGAAAAGCUUAUCUAAAAAUAAACUCACUUGUGAAAACGCCGUUGCACGAAUUUAUGGCAGUUGAAUGCUCCGGCUUAUGGGCUCCUGGCAGAGGCGAACAGAUCAUUGGAGGGUACCCAAUUAUAAUCACAUUUUUUAAUAUCCCUGGAAUUUAGUUAAGUGGAAAAUUACAACACGCGUUUCAUUAAAAAAUUCAGCCAGUUAAACAGUGACAGGCAAUCCUAUCGUUGUAAGGAUUUUAGUCUCAAACAAGUAUCGGGUUUGAUGGGGGGUCCGGACCCCCCGCAACCUCCCCCUGGAUCCGCCACUGCUUUGGUGCCCUUUGAUAUCCUGUCGACAGCACUCGGUAAAUGCACCUAUCAAUGUAAACCCCGUGGGGGGGGAGGAAAGUGCGGGCAAGGCCUAGGGGUGGGCAUUUGACAAAUUUUAAAAUGUUUUGAUCAAAUUCCCCGGGGUGGGAAACGAAAGGUCAAUCAAAAGUGUCAAAAAAGCCCCCACCCCAGGGGAAAAAUCUAAACAAACAAUACUAUAAUACUAUAUAAAAUGAAUGAUCAUGAAAGAACGUUUCAAAAGUACGUUCUUACUACUUUUAUUUAAGUUAACGUAAGCUCCGUUAAAUUACUGGCUGUAAUUAAGUAUUUUCUCUCUCCACUAGCAUCUCUUAUUUUGAAGAACAUAAUCACUCCAGGAAGAUUGACCGUGCUAUUAUAUUAAUGAAACGUAAAAUGCUUUAUAACAUCUGCUCAACAUGUCGGAACAGGUCGGAUCAGUGACCUGUAAAAAAUCCUCUGACUUUCAUGGUAGAGUUCGAUUUCAAUCGAGGUUUACAAUCAGAUGGGAACUUGAAGAUAAAAACUUUCUCAAAAUAUCUGUUUAGAUGACAGUGUACAUGUAAAGUAUCGGAUUAUGGCGAUUAAAACAAAUGAAAACUUCAUAACUUUCUCCAACAGCGUGACUUUCAGAAAGCCUCGAGGGACGGACUUGGUUACCGCUUCUGAAUUGAUCGGUCAAAGUCAACUGUCCCGACCCCGGGGUCGCUUCGCACGAUCAAAAGCCCGACAGGGGGAUAGUCUCAGGCAUCAAAUCCCCGCCCCUUGCCCGCACUCCCCCCCGCCACGGGAUUUACAUUGAUAGGUGCAUAAAUUCGAACACACCAAUUGCUAGCUAUAGAUGCUCGUUCUGAACUUGAAACACAAUCAUUAUAAACAGCAGAUAAAAUAAAAGAAGUGCACAGCGCCCCUCGAGCAAAAACAGGGGAAAAAGUUCUUCUUUUCUUUAACUAGUUGCAAAAGAUACAUUCCAAAGCUAGAUUUAUUUCAUAAAUGUUUUAGGGCACAGCGUGCAUGUGGAAGAAUUUCUUCCCUCCUUGCCAAAUGCGCGGGGCAGAAUUACGUGACGUGACAUGCUUUGCAUGACUCCACUGAAAGCUGGUUUGCCUGUGGCAGUUCAACAGUUGUUUUCGUUUUGCCGUUGCAGCAAGUGAAAUUGUUACAGUUAUAAGUUCAAAUUUUUCAUUCAUUUCCUUCUGGAGGUCUUUCCGAGGAGUCGUCUGAGAAGUUCUAUGGACUCUUAUACUAACACAGUCUCAGGUGGGUAUCGUUGGAUUAAAAAUUGUUAAUUCGUUAAAUCGCAUAAAUCGCUGCGUAAGAUUCAGAAAACGGAACAGAUUACUCGUGACUUUUGUUGUAUUUUUUUACCGCUUUGUGGACUUUUUGACGCUUAAUACUUUAACUCAGCUUUAUUUAAAAAACCUAUACACAUUUCGGACCAAUAUUGUCUCAAGAAGUUACCAAAUAAUUAAAGGUUUGGCGCUUACCGUAAUUCGCAUUUGGUUGUGCAUCGGUCAGAGGUCACUUUUUUCCGCCCAUUUUUAGUGUAAUAUUUACAUUUACUUGGCUUUGUCAGCGCUCGUGAUUUCAUUUACCCAAAAAUUUUAUUUCGCUAAUUUGAAGAAAAAAGAAUGCUCUUUCAGACUAAACAAGCCUUGGUGUUCAAAGACAUGUACCAAUCCGCUUUUUUAGCUCGUGAAAAAGUGCAAAAUAUUGACGAUUGAUUAAGCGAUUUUGAGUCAAAUUUUAAAAAUCUCUUGUUGACCAAAUCGCGAACUAAUCAGUCAAAAUUAUAGAGGAAAGAUAGUAAAAAUACGAAGUGUCAUUAUAUUUCAGUAGCCAACUUUAUUUUAAAAUUUACGAGUUACUGAAUAUGACUCUAAUUUCGGAUGAUUUUUGCCCAUUUUAGGCCUCGGGAAGAAAAAAAUUCGUUAAAAAAAUAUUAUUCACUCGAUCGUACUUAAACCAACGAUUUUUGCAACUAGGGCCCAGCAUAGGGCUUUAUUCUGGCUAAGUUUGAGGCCAGGUCAUUUUUUGACUAUUUCCUCGUCUAGUUGAUAUUUACGCGGAGCCGCUCUUAAGAUAUCACACCAACCGUGAAAAUAAAAACAAACAAAUAAAUAAGCAAAUAAAAUAAGUAAAUGAAUAAAAUACAGAUAUAUCAAUAUAUAAAAUAAUGAUACUAGUAUGAAAGUUAAAGAAAGAAAACUGUAUAAACUAUAGAUAACUAUUAUUUAAGAAAAACCUAUACUUAAAAGUUUCUAAGGAGGUUGAUGAAACAAUGGUCUCAGGGAGGUAGUUCCAGUCCGCUAUAGUUUUUGGAAAAAAACGAAAAUUUAAAAACGUCUUUAUUUGCAUAUGGCACGCGAAAUUUAAAUUCAUGGCUUCCCCUCGAGCGACUCUCGGAGUGUUGAAUUAAAUAUUUUCGGCUAUCUAUAUCAGUAAGACCAUGAGUUAGUUUAUACAUACCGUAUUUAUGCGAUUAACCGUCCCGGACGCUCAUUAAAGUUUUGGACCUUGAGAGUGGGCGCUUAUUCGAGGCUGGGCGCUUAUUAAAUUUGCACCAUUUUCAGCAAGUGACGUAUCUUUACUUUGCAACAAAACAAUAAAUGCUAAUAACAAAACGUGAAGAAGUAACAAAGCAAGGUUUCUGUAAAAUACUCUGAAGAAAACUCCGUCCUCGGGGAAGUCUUUUAUUAGAAUUUAUUCACUCAAGUGGGUGGGGGUGGGGGUGAGCGCCUAUUUGAGUUUGAUUGGGAAGAGGAGGGAGUGGGCGCUUCUUCGAGGCUGGGCGCUUAUUAACUUUUUGUGCCUUUAGGAUGGGCGCUUAUUUGAGGUGAGCGCUAAUUCGAGGGUGGGCGCUUAUUCGAAUAAAUACUGUAAGUGUUAACCUAGAUAGCCUUCUUCUCGUUUCCAGCGUGGCCCACCCUAAGUCUUUAAUCAUGUUCGUAACACUCGCAUAUCUAUAAUAAUUCUGUGAGCAGAACCGUGCUGCUUUACGUUGAACCCUUUCUAGAGCAGUGAUAUUAAAAACGGGUCCCAAGCCGCACUUGCAUAUUCCAGCUUCGGUCCUCCUCGGGAUGUAUAUGCAAUUUCUUUUACAUUCUUUGGACAAUUCCAAAGGUUGCGUUGUAUUAGACGUAAUCUAACCCUUCUUAGUAACGCCUGUGAAGCAGCGCCGAGAUCGUUAUUCUGGGCCUCCAAAGGACUCAAUGACGUACCAGAAGUGCGUCUUCGAAUUCCCCUUCAGCUCACCUGCGAAAAGAGCCGUUUCUCCUCCCACCUCGCCGCUGGGGACGUUUUUGGGAGGAGGAACGUCUGCGACUCAGCAGCAGAAAUUCCAUACUGAUGAUGUAAGAUCUAUCCCUAAUCCGGUCAUAUUAAGCGCUGAUUGAAUCUAUGACAAAACAGUCCAUAUGUGUGGGAUAUAUUCUUCUCGACAAGAAGCAUUUGAGUUCUGCUGGAGCUCGUUCGCAGAGGAACACAACGCAUUACCAAAAUCGACCAGGAGAAACGUAAAGUCCGUAAAAUUGAACAAAUUUGCCUUUGGAACCCCAUGACUACCCGAUUUAUUAUGUUAACAUUGAUUUACGUCAUCAGUAUGGAAUUUCUGCCACUGAGUCACAGACGUUUCUCCUCGCGAAACGUCUCCAGCGGCGAGGAGCGAGGAGAAACGGCUGUUCAGGCUGUUUUCGCAGGCUACCCUUCAGCUCGAUUAGCAACUGAACACUGGCUUUUUAACAGGCCAAUCAUGGCGCGUGCUCAAAUCCUGGUACACAGCUGGGGCCCAGAACAAGAAUUUCAGCGCUCUUACGCAGCCUUACUUAACGAGAAGUUUCGUUUCUUCUGUGGCGCAGACUAAAUUCGGGAUUGAAAGUAUGUGCGCGAGUUAGAAUGUCCGAAAUAACCCUCGGGAUUACGGGAUUGAAGACACCUAUUGGGACUGCGCCCUCAUCAUACAUAUAAAAGAUUUAAAGGAAUUACUAACAAAAAAAAAACCAAUAUAAAGCGAAAAAUUUACCAGCCAUCCCGAUUUAUGACAAAAAUGCUAUCAGGAAUUUUUUUCCAGGUUUCAGCUGUACGCACGGGCGUAUCUGCGUAAAUGGACGCUUCGCUCCUGCAGCUAACCGUUCUGGUGCGAUGUUCGAUGUCUAAACGGUUUGUUCUUUGAUGUGAAGUAUAUAUGAAAUAAUUUUUUUUUUUUCAUUUUUGUUCUUUACCGUUGCCGUUCAAACUGUACCAGAUAUCUUUUCAUGUUGACAGGAAAAGCUGUCCUAUAUACUGUUGACAUAGCCUCAACGACUCCCAACAAUGUUGGGACUUGUUGCGUCCGUCAAACGAACGCAACAUUGUUGGCCAACAACUCCCAAUAUUGUUAGGUGUUACAUGUUGCGUCCUUUUGCACACCUUGUUGCAUGUUGUUGAGCAAAGUUUGAAACCGGUCAAAAUUUAGCUUCGUGCAAACGGAUGCAACAACUCCCAUCAAUGUUGGGAGUUGUUGGCCAACAAUGUUUCGUCCGUUUGCACGGAGCUUUAGACAUAAAACUAUCCAGACUAAAGCCCCGUGAAAAGGGAAGCAACAUUUUUGGCCAGCAACUCCCAGCAUUGAUGGGACUUGCUACGUCGUUUGCUCAUGGGUUAACCACACAUGAGAACUUCUUCACUGAAGAAUUUCACUGUUUUGCGACUCGCAUUUGUCACUCAAAUCUUGGUACAGCUGAAAACGUUAUACUGUUGACAUAGCCUCAAAAUGCUCGAUAUGUCAUUGAUAUUCAUUUCAUUUCAAUUUGUGUCAUUCUUCGUAAUAGUUCCUCAAGUUAAACAGUCAUCUCAACCCAGAAUUGUUAAACCUGUCGGUGAGGAGGAAGUUAAACUUUUUUGCAAUGUGAAAGAUGCUGUUUCCUACACCUGGUACAAGAAUGGGAAGGUGAUCCCUGCAGCACUUGACCGUUACACUGUUAAAAAGUACAGUUAUCUUCUAAUAGUCGACGUUGUGAAAUCAGAUAGUGGACUGUUUGUUUGUGUGGCAUCCAAUGGUUAUGGAAGCGCCAACUGCACCAUCAAUUUCUUGGUAGAAGGUAUUGGAUAUUUUGUUCAAAUUUUUUCCUUGAAAGUUUGACUUGAAAUGCUCUUAAUGCUGUAGAGUCCAAAAACUAACCUUGAGCAAGAAUUCAAGAAAACUCGUAAAUUUCAGUUUAUGAAAUGCAAAUACAAAAGUCCUUGUUUGACGGAAAUUAAUCGACGAUUGAAAAUAUUUUUUAUGAGAUCCCAGUUUUCUAUUUCAAAUUUUUUCGUCAAUUUUCUCAUCUAAAACGACAGUAGAAAAUGGCGAGAAAAAAAAGCAAAAAAACAAAAAAAAAAGAUUGACCCCAUAGGAGACUAACAGUGAAAUUUUUCAUUUUUUUGUGACAGAUCCUAGUGUAAAACCUACUAACAUCACAGGAGGUACGAUGGCUUUUCUAGCAUUACUAGCAGCACCUAGUUUUGUGCUAUCCAGUUAUGUUGUUGUUGUUUAUUUCUUUUUUUUACUGUAUUGUUGAUGUUUGGAAAAGUUUCAUUCGCUAUUUGCACAUCUCCUUUAUUGUUCUUACUUUAUUUCAACUAUAUUUAGCGCUCCUCGCAGAAAUUGAACUUUUACCUUUUUACUGAUGGCACUACAGUAAUAUGCUUUAUGCUGACAAAAACAUUAAGGGUUGAAAGUCAACACUUGAAAUUAACCCUAAACGCCAAGAAGUCUGUAAUUUUUCGUCCCUAACAACGUAAAAUGGACUAUCCAAUAAAUAGUUAGAUUUUUGAUAACAACACCUAAACCUCAAUGACAUUAGAGUGUAAGGAUUAUGUUAAAUAUCUUCGGUUGGAAUUCUAAGUUUUGGUCAGCAAAACCAUUCGUAGAAAGGCUAUAUUGACUAUGUUGCCUGUAAAAUAAGUAAAGCAAUAGGAAUUAUUGCACGUCUUAGGCACUAUGUGCCAUUGAAUACCCUUCUAAAUUGAUAUCGCUCUCUGAUAUCCCUUUAUUUAUCCUAAGGACUGGUUGGCUGGGGACAAACUGCUAACUUUGGUGGGUUGGGGAGCAAACGAGGUGUAUUAUGGGAGAUGGGCAAAUGGUGAAUAAAUUAACAAAAUUGAUAACAAAAUGGAGUGUUGUGCCCCAUGCAAACCUUGGACGCAACAUUGUUGGCAAACAACUCACAACAUUGUUGUAUGUUACAUGUUGCGUCCGUUUGCUCACCCUGUUGCAUGUUGUUGCGCAAACUUUGAAAUGGGUCAAACUUUUAGCUUCGUGCAAACGGAUGCAACAACUCCCAUCCAUGUUGGGAGUUGUUGGCCAACAAUGUUUCGUCCGUUUGCUCGGGGCUUUAGACAUAAAACUAUCCAGACUAAAGCCCCGUGAAAAGGGACGCAACAUUUUUGGCCAGCAACUCCCAGCAUUGAUGGGACUUGUUACGUCGUUUCCUCAUAGGUUAACCACACAUGAGAACUUCUUCACCGAAGACUUUUACUGUUUUGCGACUCGCGUUUGCCACUCAAAUCUUGGUACAGCUGAAAACGUUAAGCUACGUGCAGACGGACGGCGCAACAUUGUUAGCCAACAACUCCCAAGAUUGUUCGGAGUUGUUGCGUCCGUUUGCACGUGGCUAAAAGUUUGACCGGUUUCAAAUUUAUGCUCAACAAGUGCCAACAACACGCAGCAACCUGCAACACGGUGUGGAAACGGACGCAAGAUGUAACAUCCAAUACAAACACCAAAAUGAACUUGUCUUUGCAAAAACUGUUGGGCUAACAAGUUUUCACCCAAGUUUGUCCAGCCGCGCCUCCUUUUGUAUUUGCUGAGUCAUUUAUACCUUCUUUAAAUGUUUUGAGCAGGUAUUUUUACGUUUCGUUCAUUUUGGUGCCGGUUCCUAUUAUUAGAAUUUUGAUAAAUUUCUUGACACAUCUCCUUUAAGCACCGUGCCGAGGUUUCAUUUGAAUGGUAAUAGCACAUAAUUACGUCCCCAGAUUUAAACGAAAGAGUGACAAACUAUUUCUCUAUGGCUUGUUCUAGGACUAAAAGAGAUAAUAUAUUCUUUGCUGCAGAAUUGAAAAAUUUCCUCCACUCGUUCACUAACAAUAUUAUCUGACUUUUCAGAAAAACCACAAUUUAGACGUCUGGAUUUAAUGAGGAAGACCAAAAAAGAAUUUAGGGUAGGAGAUAUGUCAGUGAGUUUAACGUGUGAGGCUAUUGGUGCGCCUAUCCCGAUUGUCAGGUGGUACAAAGACGGCAAGAUAUACGAAAGGCCACAUGAAGGUCAGAGACCGGGUCCUUACGACUACCAACUAGAAUUCAAUGAGUUGGAUGUUACAGAUAGCGGAUCAUACAUGUGUAAUGUGUCUAAUGCGUUUGGGUUCUUGACCUAUACUUACAAUAUUACAGUCGAAGGUUAGUGUUAUUGUUUGCUAUAGUUAUAUCCUUUCACAACGUACAUUAUCGUCAGUUGGCUGUUAUGCAGGCGGCUUCAAGGGUUUUCCAGCAUUCAGCUUCGUUUUGGGGAGCUGCUACGCUGGUACUUAUAUGCAAGUUAAUAGGAAAUUUAAGAUCCAACGACGCGACCGCAACGAGAACGUGAAAAAAAAAAGGGUUUAAUAAUUAAAACAACAACUUUGCACGUGCAUGAAACUUUUUUCUACAUUUCUUUGCCGUUUUUGCACGACUAAGACGUGAAAAUGCCUAAUUUCUCGUUUUAUGGAGAACGUAAACAAGAAACGAAGAAAUUUUAUUUCUCUUUUUGAACUUGGAUAUAGUCCCUUGGAAUUCAACUUCGGAAGGGUUCGCCUACAUUUAACAAAGUAAGCGGUUAGGAAUAAUCAAGAUAAGACUGAAAGAACGCAAAAAUUCACUUUUUAAGCGACGUUCUCGUUGCCUUCGCGUCGUGGGGUCUCAAUCCCCCACAUUAUUAAGGUCUAUAGAUCUUUGCAUUUGUUGUUGGAGUGACCUCGUCUGCCCUUUUGACCGUCUUUUUCCUUGAGCUGGUUUUUUUACCUAUAUGUAUACAGUAUUUGCCCCUUCAGGACGGCUGAUAUCAACGGGCGUCCUGGCCACAGAUGUUCAAAAGGCGAAAAGCGCAAUCCACUGUAUAAAAAUCUAACUAUUGGAUAACGCAAUUGGUUUCCAUAAUCCUUAUCCGCUGGAUAGUGAUUUAUCCGCCGGGUGGAUAGCGCUAUCCACUGUUUGAACAACGGUGGCCUGAAAAACCGAAGUUAAAUGCACAAAAAUAUAACAAAAUAUGAAAAGGCAGAUACUUGAAAAAUGAACUAUGCAGCAAAAUUACAAAAUAACAGUCCUCAGCAUAAUAAAAGGUCUAUAUGUGGCUGUUUCCCCAUUAUCCCCAUAAAGGAUAAGCCUACCAAAUGUCAGUUCCUACAAGUGCGACUAUUUUCAUGAGAGGCUCCUCCUCCUCGAGGUCGGUGUUUGUGUGUUUUUGUGUUUCAAGGUUCGUUGUUCGGCUCGUGAUCGUAACUAUGAUUGACGGCAGCGGAAAACGCAAUUGUGAAUGCGGCUUUUGAACUUUAGAGUUCGCAUGUUUGUGAUAAGCGCAGUAAUACAGUUCCCUGUUUUGUACGUUGUUUUAGCUGAUACGAUAGCGGUGCUCUGCAACGGGAUCUCGUUCUUAUAAGAGGGUCGUGAAGGGGUAAAAUGGGAACUGGGAUUAGCCUUAUUUUGGACUGGGAAAAUGGGAUUUACUCACUGGGACUGGGAAUGGGAUGAACAAUUAUAAAAUGGGAAUUGGAUUUCUUUUCUUCAGUGGUCUUUGCUCCAAUAUUUUGAAAUAGAAAAAUAAAAUUUCGUAGCAAUAGACCUUGCACUCCUCAGUAGAGACCAUGAAAUCAGUAUUUUUCGCCUUCGCGCCCGCGGUCUAGCUACCAGGCUUACACGGUUGCAUAGUUACGUUCUGUCAGUUUUCCUGGUCAGCGGACAAGUUCUGCAAGUUUGCAUAUGGCGGGAAGAUAUUGUGAAGGGAAGAUAAAAAUGGCUUCGGAAAAGGUUUCUCGCAAAAAGGUACUAGAAAUCAAGUACGUCAAUGCAAAUAACGCCGUUAUACACACCGAAAACUCUAAACUUUUGUUGGAUUUAAACUGUAAACUGGUAACUGGGAUUUUGGCAAAAAUUAGCCUGGGAACUGGGAUUUGGGCCAAAUUUAGGCUGGGAACUGGGAUUUGGUACCCCCCUUCACGACCCUCUUAUAACGCCUUAGCACACUCACCUUUCCCUUCAUCUACGUCAUAACUAGUUAUUCGCCAACCAACUACAUCCUCAAAGUCGUCGAUGUUGUAUUGCCUCCUCAACUCGUAACCUAGUUGUAACUUUCGUCUUCAAAAGACUUCAGACUCCUUUGUUGUCUUAAAUUGGAAAUAAAAAUAUUGCUGGGUAAGAGUUUUGUCUUCUAUGGGCAUUUACUUGUUAGUCAAGGGCAAGGUUACUUAUCUCUGUUCUUACUGGUGACUAAUUGCUACCUUACCUUCUUUUACCUUGACUUUCUACUUUUCCAUUUUUUUCUCCUUUUAGACGUAAUUCACAGCCCGCCCACCAUACUGAUAAUAUGGGAACAGAAGUCUCCCAUCUAUGUCGGUCAAAGCGUGGAGAUCUUCUGCUUGAUAAUGACCUUCGACCCAAACACGAAGUACCUCUGGUAUCGCAGCGACACGAACAUUUGGAAUGAGGAGAACUUGGGCGUUUUAAUUGACCCGCGACUGUACGAACAGCCAGCAUUUAACGGGGGAAAUCAGCAAAUGGCAGAUGUGACAUUUACUCUGACGUUACAAAAUUUGACGAUCAAUCAGUCAGGACUUUAUGGGUGUCGAGCUGAAAACAGUAUCGGCUAUGACUCACGUCAGACCAAGCUUACAGUCACACACAGAUGUAUUAUUAUACCUCCAGUAUUUGCAGGUAUGAAAUAUCUCGUACUUACAGUUAUAAAGUAAAUCUUUUGGAAAUAUGGGAGCACUUGUAAGAUAUUUACCUUUUUUUUGUACACUGUCAUAAGAUUUACGAAGAUGAUAAUGAUAAUGAGGAAGGAGCUCGUGGUUGAUGAUGAUUAUCACCGGCAACCUCGUCUUGAAGAUGGGAGGGGAGGAAAAGUAUUAUAACAAUUUAAAACAACAACAACAACAAAACAGAAAGAAACUUAUCGAGAAAUUUAGUACUUUAUUUUGAAGAUUAUCUACGAUGAUCACGCACUUUGAUUUUUUUUUGCAUGUGAGUGAGAGAGUCAGAUCGUAGAGUCCGUUAUUGUCGUCUUCUUACGUAGUCAACUGAAAUUAAAUUAAUUACAAGAAAAGGUUACUGUUACAUACAAUAUCAAUCUGGCGUUUCUUAGAAGGGCUAAGAUUUUUUCUGGACCUAAAUUAGAAGGAAGGCCAACAUAUUUGGGCCCUCGUUUUAGACUUUUGUCGCCCCCACCUCCCUCCCAGAAGUGAAUGACCAUUCCCACAAAUUAAUUCGCGCAUAGAUUUUUGAGUUACGCACAUUUACUAUCUAUAAAAAUCGUCCGUGUUUAAAACCCAGAGGCCUCGGCAGGAGCACUUACAGAAUUGCCAGCGGGUCACUCAGUCAUGUUAAAGUGUAAGGCAGAUGGAGCAGCACCUCUUAAAUACACCUGGCUUAAAGACGGGAUGAUUUUAAGAGGGAGAACAUUGGACCCAUACCUGAACACUUCAAUUUGGUACUUGGAACUAAAAGACCUAGUACCUGGAGACGCUGGGGAAUACACUUGUAUAGUGUCCAAUCCAUAUGGCAGUAUAAAUCAUACAUACUCGGUCAGGGUUCAGGGUGAGUACAGGCGAGGGUGAGUUAAUUUUUAUCCACUUUCCUUGAAAUCAUUUCAUUUAGGUAUAGGGCUAACUCUCGUCAUCUUUCCAGUGUGCCACGCAAUCAUGGCGGCCGGUCACGUUUUUCGUGGCUGGUCCAUACUGCUCUUUUGGUGGGGUUGUUUGGCUACUCUGUAUUCUAAUAACUCGAAAAGCAAUUCUUAGAAUGAUCUUGUAGCUGUUGUGAAGGAUAAGUACUGGCUAUCUGUGACUGGUCCUGGAGUUGUACCAUCAAUUAUCUAGUUUCGACAUCAACGUCGUAAGCAGCGAGGAAGUCUUUACCUUUAUACAAGGGUAUCAUACGACAUGAAUGGCACGAGUACGUUUCAUGUGAGUCGGUUGCCGCUUUGCGGGGAUGUCGCUAUCAAUCCUGGGCCUUUAAAGCCCAAAGCUCCCAAAUUUUUCUGUAAAGAGUGCAGUGAGACAAUACGAAGGAAUCGGGACUCAGGACGCCAUCUUGCGUGCCGAAUGCAGUGGUUGGUCUCAAGCCCGCGUGAAAGUGUUUAUACCUGUUCAAACCUGGUUUCCAGUGGCUAUUCUUGUAACCAAGCAUCCACACUGGACUUGUGGGCUGUGUUCUUUGCCAAAGAUAACUGCCGAGUGUUAUCAGCAAAGUUCUUACGCUGAUUCCGACUCCUCUGACUCAGUCAAAAUGAAAUCAAAACGAAACGUGGAACGAGUUUGAUACCGUGUUGCUGAAACACCGCACUAAUGUCAAGAUUGGACAUAUCAACGCUAACUUCAAAGCUGAUGUUAAGUUCCAUGAGAAUAAAACAUGGCUUUUGGAUGGUCGAUUUGACAUUUUGGUUGUCUCUGAAACAAAGAUCGAUUCAACCUUCCCUAACUCCCAAUUUCACAUCUUUAGGUUUAGAAUGUGUUGAGCGGACAGGACCAAAGGCGGUGGUGGUUUAAGGUAAUUCCCUUGUUUUACAAUGCGCACCCUCUACUGCGCAUAACAUUGUGACAUCCAAGAUGGCAGUGGUCAAGGCGGUUCUUCCUAGUAGCGCGAAAAGAUUAAACAAGGGCCGUUUUUGCAGAGCUAAAGCUUUUAUUCGCAAUAAUAAUCCCGCAUAUCGGCUGACAGCUUCCUGGUUUGCUAUCGAAAAACAAGAAAAUGAAAGAAAUGUCCGUGAUCCAGAAGUCUGCGUGGUAUUUCACUUCGCGGCCGUCGAGUUGAGGAAUUAUCAAAAUGUCCUGGCCGAGGCGUUGGAUUAUGGGGGCUGUGAAGCCUGUGGGACAGCUCUACGGCUGUCCAACUGCAUUAACGAGCCAGUUUCUGGCCUGGGAUCGCUACUUUACAUAUGUUGUUCAAACUCCGAGAGUGAAGAGACGAAUAUUUCUGGAACAAAUAAGACCCUUCGUAGCACCAGAACCACGCGAGGGAUGUAAACACGAAGUUUGCGGCUGAAUUCACAUUUUGCUGUGUAUAGAAACCAAGCGAGACAUAAGAAGAAUAGGAAUCAAUAGUCUUUUCUUCAAGUUUCUUUGUCAAGAAUUAUUGUGCAAAAGCAAAAAAAAUCGAACCCUAGCUCACUGGAAUUUAUAAACAGAACGCCGGCGCUGCAAAAUAGUCCAAAAUAAAGAUUCAUAACUCCAAAAUCUCAUCAAAUCUUGACUUACCUCAUUCCUUGGUAUUUAAUGUACUCUUUUCAAUUUUGAAUUGCUGUGUUGGCGAUAUCAAACACAUAAAAACAACCGAAAACAAGCUUGAUCUCGAGUGCAUACUUCUCCGCCACGAAAAUUAUCCAUCCUGACUGCGAUCUGAAAACCAUGUCCACCUUUCACAGCAACUUGUGAGGAAACGAGCACGGUGACCCCCGAUUAUUUUCCCAGAUAUUUGCUAAGAACAGUCUAAUAGAGAACAUAUUUGCAGAAGAAAAAAAGUAUGAUAGUAGAACAUGAUUUUUUUUUGGAAAAUAGUUUCGUAUUUGGUGUAUUUGGGUCAAGGCGAGGACUUCAAGGUAACCUCGGAACUGUCCGAAAAAGUGCAAUAUCCCCACAACCAGGCAAUCAAAAAACAAAUUAAAUGAAGCAAUACGGCUUAUUUGAAUAAAAGAAGCUUUAUGUUUAAGAUAAAAUUUUGUGUGUUUCAAGUAACAAAGAUUUAAUUCUGUAAGGAGAGGAUUCGAAUUUUUAACGCGCAACCAGUAAAAAUACCCCAGUUUAAGACCCUACUGACGCGUAAACAAGCACGGUGACUCCAUCUUUUUAUUGCAUUUUUUUAAUGUUCAUAUCAUGAAUGUUGAUUAUGCCAAGUUGCAAAAAAAGUUUGAUGGUAGAACAAUUUCAACGGAAUUAUCUUAAUGGUUUAAAUCCGAAGUGAUUUCUGCUUUAAAGUCGUCAAGGACCUCCCAAAUCUAGCACUUAGUGAAAGAGCGGGAUACAAGACUGAAUCUAUAGUGUUUGAAGUUAUGAUCGGCAAGACUUGGGAGACUUUUGUGGGCAUAUAUCGACCUCCGACAUCCAUUAAAGUUCCCACGACCGUGUGGACAUACGAGCUAGGAUCUCUGCUAGGGGCAGUUACCUCUCUACCGGGCAACUAUUUUUUGCCUGGUGAUAAUAACGCGGACCUGAUCGUGCUGGAUAAGCCGCCAAAAGAUGGUCGAUCUUUAUUGGAAUUGCUUGACAUUUAUAAUCUACAAAAUCUGACCAGCUCUCCGACAAGAAUAAAAAGACAUCUACUACUUUACUUUAUCUAGUCAUAACGAACAACAAGAAUACGGUCUUGACUUCCGGAGAUGUACAUGUUCAACUAAGCGAUCAUUCCCUGGUGUAUGCGUUCUUGAGAAAAACUGCACCUAAAAUGAGGUCAAGAAAACUCUAUUUCCGCAGGCUGAAAAAUUUUGAUUUAUUUUUCGCUGAUUUGCAUAGUGUUUCUUUUAAUGUUAUGGAUGUCUUUGAGAAUGUAGAUGACAAGCUGUUUGCGUUUGAGACACUAUUCACAGAGGUGCUUGAUGACCACGCCCCGCUAAAGUAAUAUCAUGUGCGUGGCAAUCAGGUCUCUUACAUGACAGAAGAAUGGCACAAAGCGAUACGCUAUAGAAAUAGGCUUUGGAAAAGUUUACAGAAGACAGAACUAACAGUAAUUAUCAUUUAUACAAAGCACAAAGAAAUAAGUGCACGUCUGUAAGACGAAAAGCUGUUAAGGGCUUUUUUAGUAAAAAGGCGACGAGGUCAGAAAAUCCAAGGGAGUUUUGGGAGUCAUACCGGCCUUUCUUGCAUUCAAAAACUUCUAAACAAGCAAAUGAUAUCAUUCUCAAGGAGAAUGACACUGUUUUUAGAGACAAAAAACAAAUGGCAGAAUUAUUUAAUGAGCACUUUGCGUACAUUGCAGACGGUGUUGGCGAAAUAACUGAUCAUUAUUAUGGAGAAGGUUUUUACGACCACCCAAGCAUUAAGGUUAUUCAAGCGAACAACGGUAAAAGGCGACGAAGAUUGUCUCAGCCUUCAACUGACAAAUGCCACGCAAAUAGAAGAGAAGUUGUUUAAUGUAAACACACGAAAGCUUGCGGGCAUGACAUGCUGCCCCCGCGCCUUAUACAGGAGUCCUCGCGUGCCAUAGCCUGUCCUGUCGCAAAAAUUCUGAACACUUCUAUUGCAUACAGUCGAUAUCCAUCCCACUGGAAAAUGGGGCAAGUUACGCCCCUGUUCAAGAAGGAUGAGGAAUUAUAUAAGCGAAACUACAGGCCUGUUACUGUUCUACCCUUCUUGAACAAUAUUUUUGAUAGACUGCUCUCGGAACAAAUGCAGGAUUUCUACCAAGGUCUAUUGUCGGAUUUCAUUUCAGCUUAUAGGCGAAGUCACAGUUGCGAGACCGCGCUUCGCAAGCUUACGGAAGACUGUUGCGCAUGCCGUGAUAGGAAGGAACUGGUAGCUGUCGUAUCUAUGGAUCUGUCGAAAGCUUUCGAUACGAUUCCACAUCCUCUUCUCCUUGAGAAAUUGAAAGCUUACGGUCUUUGUAACAGCGCUUGCGCUUUGUUUGCAGACUAUCUGUGAGUGAGCGGCAGGACACAAAGGGUUGGAGAUUCUUUCUCGGGAUGUCAGACAGUCACCAGAGAGGAGUUCCGCAAGGAAGUGUGCUCGGGUCGCUGUUAUUUAACAUAUUUCUGAACUAUCUAUUCUAUCAUAUAAAAGAUGUUAAUAUUCACGCCUACGCUUAUGACAAACAACUUUAUGACUCGGUUGUGGAUCCUUGAGCCCUUGAACAGCGGAUACUUCAUCGGGUCCAAAUUGAGAACCAGUGGUACACGGAAAACGGCAUGAUCAUGAACCCCGACAAACACAAUGCUAUGGUUUUAGGGACCACUAACCACAAAUUCUCUUUUCCUGUCGGCGACUCCCUGGACUCACUUGGAAUGACCAUCGACAAUCCGUUAAAGUUCGAUGAACAUGUAUCUUAAGUGUGUAAAAAAGUUAACAAUCAAUUGAAUGUUAUGAUUAGAUUUCUUAACCUUAUUUGUACCGCUACCAAGUUAAAGUUUUCUAAUACUUUCUUUUUGCCCCACUUUCAAUACUGCUCUACGGUUUGGCAUUUUUGUAGUGCUAGAAACUGUGAAAAAUUAAUCUCUUAAUAAGUGUGCCCUACGUAUUGUUUUUAAUGAUAAAGUUUUGUCCCACCAGCAGUUACUAUACAUAAUUCAGGAGGAGCAACUCUAAACAACCGAAGGAAACAACCUUAUGUUAAUCACUAUCUACAAAUGUUUGAACUAUGAAACUUUUCGUAAAUAUCUUAAAGACAUGCUUACUUUGCGUUAGUCUGUAUACUCUUCUAGAAGAACUAAUAUUUUAUCACUAUGACUACCAGUGCUUCGCCCCAUGUAAGGGAAUCCGGAUUCCGGAAUCCAGGAAUUUUUUGCUUCUGGAAUCCGGAAUCCAGCACUAACAAUCCGGAAUCCUACUAAAGAUUGGAAUCCGGAAUCCAACUUACUAAAGAUCCACUCCAGAUUAAAUUGAGCUACUCGCUCGUAAGAAAAACCAUGCGUGGGGGAGAAAUGAAUGCGUGACGAACGAACCCCAAAGGACGUCUGCGGGGAGGCUAGUCUAUGGAAAGCCUCCCGAGGGUAUAGUUCUGAGCGUGACGACAUAAUAUCGGUAUAUCUGGUGUCAAAAUAAUAGUUCACGAGCUCCAUAUGAAAGGUCAAGGUCACGGCCACAUGGGAGGAUCACAAAAUUGGGGCGGUUUCAAGGGAACACAGCAGAGCCUUUUUAAGGUUUAAAUUGAAUUGUUAUGAAUAACAAUGUUUGAAUCUCUAUUGUUCACUCGCUUCGCUGAACUUUAAAAAAUCAAAAGCGAUUUUAUGCGAGCUUUUUGACCUGGCAUAGGACUGGAAAAUGUGCACCUGGGGUGAACCUUUUCUUGAACCUUCCUGGGCCUCCUGGUUCACAAAUGAAAAUAAACAUCUACGUUCAACAGUUUACCUAAAAAGAAAAAAAAGAAAUUCACAGUCUCCUAGUGCCUAAUUUGGUCCUAGUAGUUUCGUUGAGAACAGUUUCAUGGUUUCGAUGUCAGAACCGUACCAAUCAGCUGUCGCUAAAGUAAUCACGUGCUAGGACGCGGUGGGUGCAUUUUUCAUUCAUCCCCCGGCAUUCGAGUGAAAUCUCGCCACCUCUUCAAUCAGACCAGUAUGAAGUUUGUUUUUUGUUGGAUUUUUCUUUUCUACUGUUAUUGGAAAGCACACGCAAAAACAAAAGGCUGAGAGAGAAAGGUACCUGUAAUACUGUGUUGUGAAAUUUUAUACCAAUUUUUAGCUGACUGCGAUAAAUCUAAACGUGCCAAAGGCAAAGCUGCAUGAUUUUUCGUUUGUGUCGAUCUGUGGACUGUACUGAACGUGGCGGCAAGUAAGUCACAAUCAUGAACAAAAGAAACGUUAAGUUUAUAGUUUUAAGCCCGCUGAUUGAUGUUUUUCUCAAUCAUGAUUGAAUGUAAAAAAAAAUUUUACAUCGUCGUUGGGGAAAAUAUCGUAUAGAUUGUUAAACGCUCAAAACGAGCCAACAUGUCAGAAACGCGCAAGUCUCUCUCGAUCUCUCAGUCAUCUCAGACUCGAUCGAGGAUUAGACGGACUUUUCAUGUUUUCUGGUUCUACAGUUGUGAUUAGGCCUCGUUCACAUUGAGGUCGCUUUCGGAAAGUAGACCGAUCUGAGAUCGGUUUAGCCCGUAUUUUUUUUCUUUGAAAUGGAUCCCAGAGCGACCUAGAAGGCGCUAAUAUGAAAUAAAACUCGCGGGGGAUUUCAUAAUCUCACACUCAGAUCUCUUAAUUAUUGAUGAAGCAAAAGGCGAGAUCUGGUCAAAUCCGAUUUUGUACCCGUGAUUGCCUUUCAGGAAUGUGACAGGCCAUGAAAAGAGGGUAUGCUUGAAAUUAAUCCUCAAUUUUUGACGUGUUAAACAACGAAUUUGAUAGAGCCGUGAAGUUUUUUCUAUCAAAACGUGGUCAUGCGCACAUGUUAAGUAUGAACCAGCUAAUUUUUGUGUUCUUUUUUAUCUGUUUAACAUCAAAUUCAACGCGACAACUGGGGCCAGAUCUCGCCAUUGGCUUCGUCAACAAGAGAUCUGGGUACGAGAUUAGGGAUUUCAUUGACCUCUAGGGCGAGAGGGGAGGGGGUGGUUUGCUCUCGGAUGCUGUCCAGUAAGGAUGCUUGCGUAGCGUAAGUCAAUAAAGAACAAACAAGUUCAGCCCUACAGUUUUGACUGAACGCGGGCAUAUCAGGCUAUCUUUGACUACGUUUUGAGCUGUUUUGUCUAUUAAGCCACUUUUUGAACUCGAUUUAAAUGGUUCAGCAACAACUAGACCAAGUAACUGAUAGUUUUGGGCUUGCAGACUGUCAAGAGUUACUGACUUUUUAUCUUUAUUUUGACCAGUCAAAAACGUAGACAGCGUAAAAAUUUAUUUAGUAGAUCAACGUGGUCCGGCCACUGUCCGAAAUUUAUUUUGAGCGAUGUUAUCAUUCUUAGACAAUUAUGUGACACAGUCAACUUUAGUCACUUUAGGGCCGCGCUGACCGGGACACCACUUUUGUCAGCUUGAAGUCCAAUUUAAUCUUCUGUAGUGCUCUUUUUGAUUGUCAAUCUUUUACUGAGUAUAUAUGCUUAUCCCGUCCUCGGAGAAGUGAAUUUUUUUGUAUUUGGCUAAAAUUCGUGUCUUACGAGUCAUGUGAGAAAGUGUGAAAGCAAUUCAUUUUGGAAUCCGGAAUCCACUGAGCUGGAGUCCGGAAUCCAGUACUCGGAAUCCGGAAUCCACAGGGUAGAAUCCAGAAUCCAAGACUGUCAUGGAUUCCGUUACAUGGGGCGAAGUGCUACUACUACAUAUGGCCUUAACUCUGUUCGUUACUUUGCGUCUAAGAAAUGGAACCCCCUACCUAACUGAAUGUAAGAUCUGAGCCUACUUAUCUGGUUUUAGAAGACUCCUGAAAGCAAUCUCCUUUCAGACAUAACGAUAUAUUUAACAUUUUUAAUCUUGUAUGUAAAUAGAUAGAUUUCUCUUUUUUUUCUCGAAGAUAUUAGCCUUUAGGGCUACUCUGAAAUUCAAUUAUAAAUAAAAUUCAUUGUUAUGUUAUGUUCUAAUAGCCUGCCCACGCCUAAGAACGAGAAAACGUGUUACUAUGUUAGUGAUCACGACCACAGAUCACCAGUGCUUCCCCCUCUUUGGGAAGGUGCUAUGCAAAAUAUGAAUACAGCUGACUCCCGAUAAUUCGAACCUUCAAGGGAAAUAGAAAAAAGUUCGAGUUGUCGGGAGUUCGAGUUAUCGAGGGUAAAAUUAUAUAGAAAACGAUCUGAAGGGAAAUGUAAAUUGCUUCGAGUUAGCGGGAGGUUCGAGUUAUAGAGGGUUCGAGUUACCGGGAUUCGACUGCACCUCACCUCAUUAGGGAAACAACUGCUACGACACCGCCCUUUAAAACCCGCUCUCAAUUUGUUCAGCAGAGUUCCAGUCAACACCCUGUUAGCAAUUUGGAAAGAAAAUUUGAUCGAAGAACCAUUGCAUUUACAUUGGGAGCUACCGUUCAGUGGCGAACAUCCCAUUUAUUGGAAUAAGGCAACAAAACUAAGUCCGGAGGAUGACCCCUUUUGAAAAUGGGUGAAAAUGGAAAAUUGAAAUUUAACCCCCUAGUGUGACGAAUUUUGGCGUGGUUCAAGUUUUUUUUAAGCUAUAAAAGUAAGAAUUGCGAGACAGAAUAAGUCGAUUUAGGUCUUGCCUUUAAACAAAAAGACCGACCUACGAAUCAUUACCUGUAAAUUUAUGGCUUAUGACUGUAGUGGAAAUUUGAUUAGAUUUUUUGGGACUGUAAAUGUAAGUCUAUUACCUCUAUGGAAAAUGUUUCGGGGCUACCGAGAACAAUUUCAGCAAGUGACCAGAGCGGAACUCGAACCGGGACCACCGGAUUGCGAUUUUAUUACGAAAAUAAAAAAACAACACCAAACAAACCAAAAUAGGAAAAAAAUUGGGGAUUUUUUGCAAGUUGCAGGCCUUUCCUCUAUUAGCUACUUUUUCUAACCCAUGUGCUGUGUUUGUUUUAUCCAUUAGACAAUCCUCUUGACCCAAUAGACACUGGUAGUGAAUCAGACGAUCCAGUAAUUAUGGACAAGGUUUCCUGGAUCUUGCUUGGUGUUUCAAUAGCCGUUUUUGUUGCUAUGGUAACAGCAUCUGCGUGGUUAUGCAUGAAAAUGUGGAAGCUGAAAAUGAGUUCUAGAGCCAAUGCGAGGGGUUCCCGCCGUGAUAUCGCGUCUCUUCGACCAAGAUAUGACGUGCAGAAUGAGUACGUGGUGGUGCCAAACUUCAAAUAAACUUUAAGGACUCUUGUUUUAAAAUCCCCGGCUAUUUGUAUGGACGUCAACAACUUACGAUCAUUACCAACUUUAGACCACUUAUAGACCAUGUAGUUAUCUCCCUUGACUUAUAAACUUGCAGAAAUGUUAAACUCAGUAAAACAGAUACAUUGUUUUAGCCUGCAGUGAUGCUGGAGGGUCGUUAUGCCUCACAUGAGGCAAGGAAGGCCACCAGACUCCUCCCAGCACCUCUCGCUGUUAUUUUGUCCUUAUUCCCACCAGAUCAUUCUCCACCUUCUUCAGACCCGACUGUUCAAAGAUGAAUUGCCUCAUGAUGGGCUUGAUUUCUGCCGCCGCUCUCUCGUGGCCAGAUCUGGGAAGGUUGGGCUGAUUUCUAGCAGUAGUCGGCAGUCGAUUUUAGAAAAUUGCCAUUUUACUCAUGAAGCCAGCUUGCCAUGCAAAUUUAUUGGGACAAACAAACAUAAACAUAAGUAAAAGGUACAACUCCCACAGGAUCGGUUUGGAACACCAACAUGGCCGCCGUUAGGUUUUUGGGAUACCAAUAUGACGGACGUGACGUCAUGAGAAAUCGCUCUUUAAAACGUGGCACUUUUUGUCUUUGAUUUCUCCUGGGACGAUUGUAAUACCCCGGAGAAAUUGAAACAAUGGUUAUGCCAUUUUUUUGGGGGUGGGGGGAAUAAACAAGGUGCAUUAUGGUCUAUGUGAGAAUGGUGAAUACUGAAAAGACACUCUGCAAUUUCGGAUCGAAAGAGAUGAGCAUAGGAACGAAGUCGCAUAUUCAGUGUUCAACUGGUAACCAGGGCGCUAAAUACCUAAAAUUACAUAGAAAACACGGUAUAAUAACCGGUAAAUUUAUAGCGGUAGAGGCUAGUUUCUGACUGAUGCAUUUAUUUUAAAGUAGUUUCCUUGACACUAUGACGCAAACAAAGAUUACAAGUAUAGUUUUUUUUUCACACAUACACUACUUUAAUUUUUACCCUUUUUUAUUUUCUUAAGUCUUCCCUCUUCCGUAUAUAAUCGGAAAA